AUGGCUCUGAGCUCUCGAGCGCACGCCUUUUCAGUGGAGGCCUUGAUGGGGAGACCCAGCAAAAGAAAACUUCAAGACCCAAGAGAGGAGUUGCAGCCCGAGCGGUCUGAGAAAGAGGGCAUAGAGAACGUGGAGAAGCCAAGCGGUGCUGCGGGGAAGAGCGAGCCGGCAGAAAAGAGACCCAAGGCAGAGUCUUCAAAUACUUCUUUCUCUGGCUCUGGCGGCGAUAGCAACAGCCACGAAAGCCUGCAAGAAAAAGAUGCUGUCCAAGUGGAGCUUCAAGGAUCGGACCUGUGGAAGAGAUUCCACGACAUUGGAACCGAAAUGAUUAUUACCAAGGCGGGCAGGAGAAUGUUUCCCUCAGUUCGGGUCAAGGUGAAAGGGCUGGACCCAGGGAAGCAGUACUAUGUGGCCAUGGACGUAGUGCCUGUGGAUUCAAAACGCUAUAGAUAUGUUUAUCACAGCUCACAGUGGAUGGUGGCUGGGAAUACUGACCAUUCCUGCAUCAUUCCAAGAUUUUAUAUCCACCCGGACUCGCCCUGCUCUGGAGAGACGUGGAUGAGGCAAAUCAUCAGCUUUGAUCGUGUGAAACUCACCAACAAUGAGAUGGACGAGAAGGGCCAUAUCAUUCUACAGUCCAUGCAUAAGUACAAGCCCCGGGUGCACGUAAUGGAGCAUGACAGCAAGGUUGACCUAUCCAGGAUUCAGUCACUUCCCACUGAAGGAGUUAAAUCAUUCUCCUUUAAGGAAACUGAAUUUACCACAGUGACAGCUUACCAAAAUCAGCAGAUUACCAAACUGAAAAUAGACAGGAAUCCUUUUGCUAAAGGAUUUAGAGAUCCAGGAAGAAACAGGGGUGUAUUGGAUGGGCUUUUAGAGACUUACCAAUGGAGGCCUUCUUUCACUGUGGAUUUUAAAACUUUUGUUGCAGACACACAAAGUAGAAGUAGUGGUUCAUCUCCAGUGACCUCUAGUGGAGGGGCUCCCUCUCCUUUGAACUCCUUACUGUCUCCGUCUUGUUCUCCACCUACAUUUCACAUACCUACAAGCUCCUUUGGAAUGACCUAUCCAGAGGCAUAUCUGCACAAUAUCAACUUUCCUCUUUGCUACAAGAUUUGUCAAACUAAUUUUUGGCGACCACAGACUUUUGUCUUGCCUGCCCGUGAAAGCCUAACAAGCUAUAGCAGCUCUCAGUCUUUACCCCCAGUAAUGAUGGAUAUGCCCAUGGUAUCUUCGAUGGGGGUCAACAAUUCCAAGAGUGAAUCACCUGACGACUUCAAUGAACACUGUCUACAGGCAUCUCAUUCUGCUAAUCAAAUGUUAUAUGGAUUACAGUCACCUGGAAACAUUUUCCAGCCAAAUUUCAUUGGCCCAGAAGCACUCAAUUGUUCUUUUCAUCCAUCUUAUGGCUUUUAUAGAUACAACAAUUUCUCUAUACCACCUAAACUGGUAAAUGCUGCUGACCAUCUAAAUGGGAAUGACAACAAUCAAACAUCUUUUAAGAAAGGCAAAUGUAAUCAUACCCAUUGGGAUCCAGCAAUAAACCAUUGCCUCUAA